AUGUCGAUGCAAAAACAAUGGCCAGAAUUGGUUGGACAAUCAUUCGAACAGGCAUCUCAAGUUAUACUUGCAUUUGAUAGCAAUCUUCAUCCUUAUAAUGCAAGAAAUGGAAUGGAAAAUUAUAUGUUUGAUCCACUUCGUGUUUCAUGCGUUACAAAUGAUAAUGAUAUUGUAACUCAAACACCGAGUUAUACUUUUCGUAAUUAA